GACCCCGCGUCGUCUCGCGGAGUCGUCUCGUCCUUUCCGUUCUCCCCCCUUCCCCCCCGCGGGAGUCGGAGCCCAACCCAUCCCACCCCAGAUCCCACCCGCUCCCCGAAUCGCCGCCACUUUUUCCAUUAGCAGCCUUCCCGCAAUCCCGCGGCCAGUUCGAGCCCUUCGCGGGAGGGACGGGCUCACUGAUUACUCGGGCUCAGCCCCCCUCCCUCCCAGCAGCGCGGGGUCACCUCGGCCGUCUCGCGACUCCUGAUUGCGUUGGACACGGGUCCUAAGCUGUGAAGGCGGAAAGGAAAGGAAAGGAAAAGGAAGGCUUCAGUCCCAGGUCAAGCCAUGAUGGAGAGGUCGCUGCUGCAGGCGCUGGCCACGGCGGCGCAGGGAGGCACCUCGGGGACUUCGGUACUGAGCAUGCUCAAGUAUGCUGUGCUGCCCAUCGCCAAGGUGUUCACGGUCUGCUUCAUGGGGUUCCUCAUGGCCUGCAAGUACGUCAACAUCCUCCAGCCCAACGGCCGCAAGCUUCUCAACGGGCUUGUGUUUUCGCUUCUGCUUCCUUGCCUUAUAUUUUCCCAACUGGGUAGAGCAAUCACUAUUGAGAAGAUGUUACAGUGGUGGUAUAUUCCAGUAAAUAUUGUUGUAGGUGCAGUAUCUGGCUCUUUGAUUGGCUUUGUUGUGGCAUCUAUCAUCCGACCCCCAUAUCCGUACUUCAAGUUCACCAUUAUCCAUAUAGGAAUAGGAAAUAUUGGAAAUAUACCUCUGGUCCUCAUUGCAGCGUUAUGUCGGGAUCCAUCUAAUCCGUUUGGUGACUCUGAUAAAUGCAACCAAGAUGGAAAUGCAUAUAUCUCAUUUGGUCAAUGGGUUGGUGCUAUUAUUGUUUACACAUAUGUGUUCAGGAUGCUUGCUCCACCACCAGGACGCACCUUUGAUGGCUCUGAUGACGAUGAACUUCCAGUCAAGGCAUCUGGAGAGAAUGCGGUGCCCGAACUCAGCAAAUAUCCAAUUCCAACAAGCACUCACACUAGCACUGUACCAGAGGAUGAACCAUUGUUAGCUGCUGAGAAAGUUCAAAAAGAAUGUGCCACUUCUGUAGGAUCAAAGAUAAUGGGCCAUGUUAAAUGUGUGAUUAAAUUCCUGAAAGACAAGCAGCUUCUCCAGCCACCGAUUAUUGCAUCUGCUUUUGCAAUUGUCAUUGGUAUUGUCCCAUUCCUGAAGAAUUUUGUACUCACAGAUGAAGCGCCUCUCUUCUUUUUCACAGACAGCUGCCUGAUUCUUGGGGAAGCUAUGAUCCCAUGCAUUUUACUUGCUGUUGGGGGCAAUCUCGUUGACGGUCCUGGUGAAGGAAGUAAGAGGCUUGGUGUGCGUACAACCGUUGCUAUAAUUUUUGCACGUUUGGUCUUGGUCCCUCUUGCUGGGGUUGGCAUCUUCAUGGUAGUUGAUAAACUUGGUUUCAUUCCCAAAGACGACAAAAUGUUCAAGUUUGUCGUGCUACUGCAGCAUUCUAUGCCCACAUCAGUGCUGUCAGGUGCUGUUGCGAACCUGAGAGGGUGUGGUAAAGAAUCAGCUGCAAUCUUGUUCUGGGUUCACAUUUUUGCUGUGUUCUCCAUGGCAGGAUGGAUCAUUGUAUAUUUGAGCUUGCUCUUCUAAGUAUGUCGCUCCCUUAUUUUAGCUGCUUUUUGCUCCAUUUGUCAUCGCAUUUGCACCUGUCUGCUGUAACAGAAAACCUUGAUAUUUACGUUGAUCUGAUAUUUGGUCAACUGAUCUGCAGACACCUUACUGCACACGAAGAUCUUUGAAAGAACAUAUCAUCCAAAGUAUCACGGCGAAAAUAGUGACAUGAAUAUGUACAGUAGCUAGUAAAUCAUGGUGAGGUAUGAGUUGUAUCAGCAUUGAUAUACGGUCCUUCCCAAUGCUAUGGUAAUUGUGGUUCUCUUCCCACUGCUGCAAGCAGUGAGCGAAGAUGGCACAGCGGUGUUGCCCUGCUCGGUCACACCCGAACCACUUAGAUGGGGAUGCCACGUUGUCCCAAUCCAUCCAUUCGCUUUGUUCAUUCCAUCUCCUCACCAAAAUAUUAGCUUAAUUUA